ACUUAGUUGUUUCUAGUGCCUUGUUUCUUUUAGUCUGGUUUGGCGUGUGCUAUAUAGCUAUUCUCUGUUAGAUUGCGUGUGCUAUAUAUCUAUUCUCUGUUAGAUUGCGUGUGCGUAUACCUAUGCAUAUACCUAUAUCUAUAUCUAUAUCUACGUCUAUAUCUAUAUAUCAAUAUCUAUAGAUCUAUCUACUUAUGGAUAUUUAGAUAGAUAGAUAGAUAGAUAGACAGAUAGGUAGAUAGAUAGAUAGAUAGAUAGAUAGAUAGAUAGAUAGAUGGACUCGAUGGAAGUUGGCUCCCAUCAGCGUCGCAUUGAAGCCAUCGGAUCGUUUCUCGUCCUAUGUUUUCUAAUGGCUUGUUCGAGCGCCAGCGGUCAGGGGGGGACCACCUAUGCACUUAGGCUUGCGUUGGACACUCCAUUCAGGGAAACUGCAGUUCAGUCGGCUGCUCCGCCUUUGAGUGCGGCGGGUUGGGCGAGUAUUCCGCCUUUAUCUGCGCCUGCCCCGUCCGCGUUAGAGCCGACUCCGCCGCCAUCGGGACUGAUUCCGCGCAACAGCACUUUGUUCCCGUCAAGCCGCCUGGUGUGGUUUCGCGCCGCCGCCCCUCCGUUCCCGCAGACCUCAGCCGGGAAGUUAAUCUGCCGCUCUACGGUCUACGACCUUGUGGUUGCUCCACAAAGCGCGGCACUUUACGUCCUACUCUGGGAAUUCUGCUCCUUGGAGGAUGAGCUCUCUCAUCAGCGCCAGUCAUUCUGGAAAGCAGAUCUCGCUGAAGUUAGUGACGACGGCUCUACUACUCGCGGCAAUGUUUCUGAGGGGCAGCUGCUCAGUUAUUGGUGGCCUUUUGGCGCGGGAAAUGGUUCUGCUGUCGACACCCCAUUCAUCCAGUACCCUGGCCCAAAUGACACCGUUUCGAUGGCCGACGUUUGGGCGAUGGAUAUCACACGAGCGGAGGAUAGCCUUUCGGUCUUGUCUAACCCAACUGGGAGGGGCGUGUACUCCCACAUUUCCGCCUUGUCGACAUACAAUGGCAGCAGAACAUCUAUUGCCCUGCCGGUAAGCGACGUUCGCAGUCUGACGCUCAAUCCGAACAAGACGCGAGCGUACGUCGCUCUAGCCUUUCCACCCAUUUCCAUCAUGACCGCUUCUGUGGAGUGGACAGGGAUCCCGAUGGACGGCGCGGAGUGGACCGACGUAAGGAGAUUCACUCCAGACGGCGGUCUCGAUAUCAUAAACGCCAACUUCAACUCGCAGAGCUUUUCCUCGGACGAGCGCUGUCUCUAUUUCCUGGACUCUAAGAACCUUCGUGUGUGGGGAAUCGAUCCCCUUACCUCCGCUGGUACCGCGACUACCCCCGUGCUCAUCGCGGGAUCCGGAUCGAGAGGAGUGCUCGAUGGGGACGGACUCACCUCCUCCUUCAACAACUUGACGAACAUGGCGGUCACUCCCGACGGCUGCAACAUCUUCGUCACCGACGUCUUUUACGGCUCGCUUCGUUGGCUGCAGCUGGACUCGCCGUGCUCCGCGGCUCGCAGGGUGCUCACAGUCGAACGCUAUCCCGGGCUGCGACUGAUCAGGUUCCGUCAAUCGGGUCGCGACCUCUACCUCUACGUUGGGUCGAGCGAUGGCUCGGUGACCGAGUUGAAACUCAACGCCUCGCAGCUGCACUCUUGCGCUCCCGCAGCGCCACCGCCGCCUCCGCCGCCGCGAUCUAACCCGAGCCCCGCGCCCCCGGCUGACUCGAACUUCCCAUCCCCUGACUCGAGCCUACCCUCGUCUGCCUCCUCUCCCAGUCCCGCGUCCCCAACAAAGCCGGGGGGAACUCGCAGUCUACCGGUAGCUUUAAUCGUAGCUCUCCCGCUCUCUAUUCUCGCAGUCCUCGGCGCAGCCGCUUGCGCAAGCUUCCUCAUUAUACACAAAAAGAGAAGGCACGGAGGGGUUAAAAAGGCCCAGCAGAUGCCCAACUUGAGGACGAACAGCACCGGCGUGUACACGGUUCCAACGACUGGGUCGUCGCCGGGGGUAGCAUGGGGGAAAGAUGAGCUUGGGGGAGGAGAGAGACAGGAGGGGCUUCAUCCUUUGCAGGUGAAGCAGUUCUCAUUUGCAGCUCUGUCCUAUUGCACUCAGAACUUCAGCGAGAGCUACCGUAUCGGACCCGGCGGGGCGUUUGGUAAUGUCUACUGGGGAUCGAUGGAGGACGGCAAGGCGUUGGCGAUGAAGGUCAUGACAGGCGAUCUGACAGAGGGGAAAAGGAAGAUGUUUCUGGCGGAAGUGAACACGCUGAGCAGAGUCCAUCACGCCAACCUCAUCCAACUCGUCGGAUUCUGCCACGAGGGCAAUCGGUCGAUCUUGGUCUAUCCCUACUUUCCAGGGGGGAGCUUGUUCGCUCGUUUGCACGAGAGAGACAGAGCCGUGCCGGGGAAAGCUUCCAUGCCGCCGCUGACUCUGGUGGAGCGGAUGUGCAUCGCCUUCCAGAUCGCUAAGGGCCUAGCCUACCUUCACGAGGGUGCCGACCCGCCUGUCAUCCAUCGGGACAUCAAGAGCAGCAACGUGCUGCUUGGCGAUGGCUCCGGGGAGAAGUUGCACGUGGUGGUGGCGGACUUCGGCCUCGCCACUAUAGGAGAGAGAGUGUUCGGCACGGAGCGUGAGUCCGUGGUCAAGACCUCGCACAUGGCGGGCACGUUCGGGUACAUGGCGCCGGAGUACAUGAUGGGAGGAAUUCUGUCGGAGAAGAACGACGUGUACGCUUUGGGCAUUAUCCUGCUGGAGCUGCUGACGGGCCGGAAGGCCGUGGCAAAGGCACCCUCUGGGGUGGGAUGGGAGACCCUAUCGGACUGGGCUAAGCCGAUGCUUAAAAAACUACACGUCGUUGGUGACGAGAUGGGGUACCAAAUUCUGGACCCUUGCCUGCGUGAUCAGGCGGCAGGAUUCAGGUUCAGCCGUAUGGUUAGGGAAACGCUGCUUUUGGCGAGCGAGUGCAUACGAGAGGACGAUCAAGCAAGGCCACCGAUGUACGGAUUGGUGGACAAGAUGGGCAAUCUGCUCAAUGAAGCCCAGAUCGACGUCAGGCAAACGAAGCACUGACCGUUUUCAUUAAUGGCAGGAAAGGUCAGUCAUGAUGAUUGACCGGACGGAGAGAGAGAUCUCAACAUGAAGCUUAUGACUGACGAAGAAGUCAUCCCAGAACGCGCGAUGGCGGAUCGGCCUCGUUAGUUGCAGGAAGGAGAGAGAACUGGCUAUGCCGGAUCAUCACUUUCAUUACUGGCUGAAAGGACAGAGAAUCUGCUGAAUGAAGUGCAGAUCAACGU